ACUUUUUCACCAAGUUUAGUGAUGCCAACAUGGAUACAAAGAAAUCGAUAUAAGCAAAGAUUGCAUCAGAUAAUUCAGAUCUUAUAAAUAUUACAUUAGAUAAUCAUCGAUAUAUACAACUUUGGAUGGACAAUUGGUAAUGGACAGUGUGCUAUGGACAACAAACCCAAAAAGCAUACACACCCAAAAAGGCAUUUUAUAUGAAGACAAGUAUGGAUAACCACCAUCGAGCUUCCCAAUCCAGAGAUACACCUUGUUCUGUUCAUAUUCUCGAAGAGGAAUCGAUCUUCAACUUCCCUCAUGUGCUCUUUCUCUUUCCUCUUUCCAACCAAAAUUUCCGAGGAGUUCUCUGAAAAGAAAAACAACCACUUCUAAUUUAUUGAAUAAUAUAAAUGUUUAGAUUCGUUUAUGAAAGAAAUAAAAAUCCUGAUUGAAACCAGGCAAAUUUUAUUUUUGCUAACAAAAUCCAAAAAUAUAAUAAGGAGAAUCCAGUGAUGGGAAAAAAAGAGAAAAAGAGAAUCUGUCUGAUCUCUAUUGGUGUUCAUGGGUGCCACCGGAAGUCUGAUAUUCAAACUCUUCAAUUUUCUGAAAAAUUUCUGGGGGCAGCCAUUAUUCAGAUCUGUGAAACUCAAUAAUGUCGGCAAAAAAAAAAAAAAACAGUGACCCACACCAUGUAAAAAACUAAAUUCUACCACCUCAUUUAAAGGCAGAAUUGCCAAUUAGGGAUACAAAAAUUAUAACAAAGUGCUCCACCAGCAAAAAAUGUGCAAAUUGUAAUCAAAUAGCAAAAUAGUGUGUUCAGGUGUAAACGUCUCUUGAACUGUAACAAAAUUUAGCAUUGCGAAGUCUGAUAAAGAAGAGAACAUAGGGUUUGAACAGAUGAUCAAGGUGUUCCAAACAUCUCGCAUAAGAAUAGAGUAGUAAUAUGGAUGAAAAGUAAAAAAGCUGAAGAAGAUAAACCAAUAUUUCUGCACUCCAAGAUCAUUGCACGGAGACACCAAGGGUGAUCAGAGGAGCUUGGGGCAUCGAAAAGAGCAAUUGGAUCAUGAUAUAUUGCCAGCCAAGAUUUAUUUACCAAAGCUCUAUCAAUCUUUCUAGCUUUGGGAUUGGUAGGACUCAUAUUACUCCAAGUAAACUGACAAUCUCUGAACACCAGAUCAAACACUUCACUCAUGGUAAUACACCCAUUAAAAUCUCUCAUGCCUUGCAAGUUAAUUGUGGUUGGAGAGAGUGAAAAAGCUUCUGAAAGCACCUGCAACGCAGUACCUUAAAUUAAGUUGACGAUGUUCAUGGAUGGGAUCGUGGAAGGGGGAAAGAUCACGAUUAAGAAGAUCGAGCCCUCAGGUGACUUUCUCGAAGCAAAGGAACCUUUGAGCAGAGUAAUUCAAAUGGUGGAUGAUCCUUGCAAAUCAACGAGAUGACCGACUUCGUGUUCCGGCUUGAAAUCUAUGGCUUUAGGAAAGUUAAAUCUGAGCAUUUGGAAUAUGCAAGGGAUUCUUUUGCGAGAGGUUAACUUGAACCUCCACUGCCACCACCUUCGUCGUUGCCUAUGAUGACACCAGAGCUGACGAGUUCGAUUGAGUGGGUGAUGGAUGCUAUGUUGGCUGACCAAGCUCCGACACAAGAACGUCAAGAGCACAAACAGAGCUUCUGUUUGCUUGAUUCAAGAAAUGUCCAAUGGCUAUUCCAAGGUGUGUCACUUGGGUUGAACAUGUUGAUAUCGAGGAGCAAGAACCGGUUCAUGAGAUGUUUAAAGGCAGGGAUCAUAACAGAUUUAGGCCUUUCUGUUGCACAAUACUCCAUGUUUGGAUCAAUCAUGACUUUCAGAGGGAUGAUUGGUGCUCUCAUCAGCGGGAAAGUCGCAGAUCUCGUGUUGAAAAGGGGCGAUGUGGUUUGGUCAAAUUUUCUGCAUUGCCGGUUGGCUUGCAAUAGCUUUAGCAGAGGACACGAUAUGGUUGAAUGUUGGAAGACUAUCCACAUGAAUUGCUGUUGGUUUAUUCAGCUACUUGGUAAGUAAUCUUUUACUUUUUUUUCUCUAUUCAUUUCUUUGAAUAUACAGCGAGAUAUUUUCUUGUUUUUUAUUUAUUUUUAACUGAACUCUAUGUUACCUCUCUUUUACAAUCACGUACCAGUUUAUAUCGCAGAAAUAAUACCAAAACAUGUCCGAGGAGCAUUUGUAUUUGCUAAUCAGGUAACUUUAAGAAUAAUAACCCGAAAAGAUGUCGAGCGCGCUUUUGGAGUCUUGCAAGCUCGAUUUGCCAUUGUUAGAAAUCCAGCUCUUUUUGGGAUAAAACAAAAAUAGAAAAGAUCAUGAGAGCAUGUAUCAUAUUUCACAAUAUGAUAGUAGAAGACGAAUGAGAUGGAUACACUCAAUUUGAUAUCUCAGGCUUCCAAGGAGAAGGAAACGGAAGUUCACAUGUAGAUCUCACGUAUUCUACAAAUAUGCCUACAAAUCUCGCCAAUAUGUUGGGUGUUCGAACUAAACUUCGUGCUAAACAAAUGCAUCAACAAUUGAAAACUGAUUUGGUUGAGCAUAUAUGGCAGAAAUAUGGAUGUGGUCAAGAUAACAACUGAGCAUUUUUUUCCGUUCAUUAUUUCAAAAUUUAUGUUUAAAAUGUUUUUAUGUCAAGUAUAUUUCAAAAUUCAAUCAAUGUAAUAUGUUUUAUGUUUUAUUUAAAAUAUAAACUCUAUUUACAAUUAAAAAAAAAAAUUUAAGAACCUCUUAAAUAAGAUUCUAUCAUUGGAGCAUAGAAAAUAAAAUUAUUUUAACAAAAAUUUUUAACAAAAAAAUUAUAAUUAAAUAAUAACUAAGAAUCCCAUUAGAGUUUCUCCCAUGCUCUGAAAUCGAAGGCAGCUGAUUUAAAUCACCCAUUAAAAUCCAAGGAGAAUGCCCCACUAAUGAAAAUGAAGCUAACUCCUUAAUGAGGGCCACAAAAUAAUUAUUUCUUCAUGCUGAUUUCUCGCAUAAAAAAAACAACAGUAAAUUUUUCAUUUUUCUGAGGGUUAUAAACUCUGCACAGAAUUAACUGAAGAUUUUUCAAAUAGACGACGACUGAUAGAAGAGGAUCCAAUACAACAUGACAUUAUCCGCUUCAACAAAAUAAUUAGCCUCGAACUUCCUACCCGGUAAUACCUUAUUCAUAAGAUUUAAUAAAAUUGGUUGCUUCACAUGUGUUUCCAAAAAACCGCCUAGCAAAGGGCGAUUAGUGUUAAUCCACCUUUUAACUAAUAGCUGCCUGGUAUCGCCGUUAAGGCCCUCAUAUUCCAAAAAACCUCUUAAUAGAGAGACAAAAGAGGGGUAAGUCCAAGAACUAAGUUACUGCAGAGUGAACAGAACGCACAUGCACUUGUCCAAAAGAAGAUGAGACUGAAGGCUCUACUCCCUCAGACCCAAAGCAAGAUAAAGAGAGGAGUUUAUGUCUGCUGUUUUCUGGCAUUUCUCCUAGAAACAACAGACAUAUCUGAGCUAACUUAAUAAGCUCUUCUUCCUCAGAAAAUUGAGAAUCAUAUAUUUGGGAGUCUUGAAAUCCUACCAAAGGAACCUGAAGUGGAGGAGGCAGGGGGAUGAAGUUUUGAACGGCGCACUACACGAGUCCAUCCUCCCGAACUUAGCUCAGCACCAGCACUGAUUGAAACAGAAACUGAAUUACCCAACUUAUCUGUGACUCUAAUAGAAGUUGGUCUAUUCUUUCCCAACUUCACAACCACUUUUAGCUUGAUAAUACUAUUUGUGUAUGGUUUCAGUGCAAAGAAUUCAGAGUGAACUGGAGAUCCCACACCUGAAGCAAUUAUAAAUUCCC